UAAUCCCAAGCCAUCAAAAGUGUCCGUCUGCCUCCACUCUUUCCCGUGGAAAGGAAAAAAAGAUUCCACUUCAGUCAUGACUGUGCUGUCACGGUUACAAGCAGCUGCCCCUGUGGUGAGGCAGCUACACAGAACUCAAGUUUGGGGAUGGCUUGUUAGAGGCAGUGACGCGCAACACAGUUUAAUAGCACGAGGGCUAAGACAGCCUCGAGGAAGGAGCCGGCCGGGAGGAAUGAACCUGGCUCCGCAGACAGCUUUGGAAACUGCUCAGGAAAGUCAGGCGGGGCCAGGCCUGCUGAAGAGUGUGUUAUUUACCGCUGGCUUUUGUGGCACGACUUUCGUUGGUGCGGCAAUCUGGCAGUAUGAGACGCUUCGGUCUCGCCUGAGCCAGAGGUCAUGGACAGACUGGGUUAAUAAACAGUGGAAUGAAAUGGAGGGAUGGCAGAACAAGCAAGGAGACAUUAGAAAGGAAAUUAAUAAAUGGUGGAAUAAUCUGACAGAGGGACAGAAAGUCUUCUGGCCAAUAUGUUUUAUCAACACCGUUGUGUUUGCCUGUUGGAAUAAUCCAUCCCUUCAAAGAACGAUGUUGAAAUAUUUCUGUUCAAACCCAGCAGCUCGAGUUGUAUGUUGGCCAAUGUUCCUCUCUACUUUCAGUCACUUUGCAUUCUUCCAUCUGGCAAUGAACAUGUAUGUGCUACACAGCUUCAGUACUGGUGUUUGUGCUUCUUUAGGUAGAGAACAGUUUCUUGCCAUGUAUCUAAGUGGAGGUGUCGUGUCCUCUUUAGCCAGCCAUGUCUUCAAAGUAGCGAUGAGGUGUCCUGGACCAUCGUUAGGAGCUUCAGGAGCCAUCAUGGCCCUUCUAGGCUAUUUCUGCACACAGAAUCCAAAUGCACAGCUCGGCAUUGUCUUCAUCCCAGGAAUAAAUUUCUCUGCCGACAGUGCUCUCAAAGCCGUCAUGUGCCUGGAUGCUGUGGGCAUUGCCCUAGGUUGGCGUACAUUUGAUCAUGCUGCCCAUCUGGGAGGAGCUCUCUUCGGUUUGCUGUAUGCUCUGUAUGGGACAAAAUACAUUUGGGGGAACAGAGAGCCCAUCAUGAGGCAGUGGCAUGAAAUUAGGAGUAAAGCCAACGAAAGGCUUGAAGGGAAAUCAAAAGAUGAGUGAUUCGUUGGUUUAUAGGUUACAGUAAUAGAUUUGAGUAAUUUGCAAUGCUUUCUUCUCUUUUUUUUGUUGUUGUUGUAAUGGCUGUGUUAUUAGAAAAAUGUUUAGGGUUCCUUUUUGGUGCUGAGAAAACUUAAACUACUUCCCUCUAUGCUGUAGCCAUAAAGGUACUAUGUGAUGUGAGAAAUUCCCCCCAAAAAGAGCUUGGAAGAUUUUGAUUAUGGUUUAUCCACCCUGUACCGUUCUCUACCAAAUUGCCAAAUGAAUUUUUUUUUUAAUUAUUAGUACUGUUGAAGUUUUUGUCUCCAUGAAUAUAUUAUUUUUUUCAAUGAAUGUAGAAAGGUAAAAUUAUCUUUCUUCAACAUUUGGUACUAUAAAAAAAAUUAGUACAUGAAUAAACAAAAUCCUCCAAAGGAAACUUGAACAACAUGCCAGGUUCUUUCAAAGGAGCAGCUUUGACAUGUUCUGUUUUUACAAUAGGUCAUUGGAGCCAUUGUAAACGUUUUUUUUUUUUUUUUUUUUUUUUUUUUUGGGGGGGGGGGUAUACUUGUUAUGGACCUUUAAUUGAUUCAAGGUUAUAAUUGAAUUGUCUUUUAGAUGAAUUAUUAUUUUGAAUAUCAUUGUUAUUGCUGUUAUUAUCAUUAAUGUUAUUGUUAUUAUUAUGAUUAUUAUUGUUUUUGUUGUUUUGUUAUUGUUAUUGUUAUUAUUAUUUUUUUAUUAUCAUUAUUAUUGUUAUUAUUUUUAUGAUAAUUAUUUUGAUUAUCAUCAUCAUUAUUUUGAUUUUAUUACUUUUUGACAGAUGCUGCCAGGAUUGGCAAAUGCAAAGGGAAAGUAGUUUAAAAAUAAUAAAAUAAAACAUCAGGUUAUAACCAUGAGGGUAGUAACCCUUGGCAAGAUUUAACAAUACGUCUGUUCUUUUUAUUUUAUUAUAUUUAUUUAUUAUUAUUAUUUAAAGGAAUAUGUUCAGUAUCUCUUAACAAAUAUCAGCCUUGAGAGAAUUUUCUGUAUUUACUGAGAAAUACUAUGGAAUGAGAAGAUAUCUUGUAUCCAAAACAAAAGUACAGAAGGUAGGCCUGUUUAUACUGUUACAAAGUGAACAGAAAUGGUAUAUGAUGAAAAAGCUAUUAUUACCUUUGUAUUUAGAAAGAGGAUGCAGAUCUUCUCAUUGAGUUGUGUUUGAUUUCUCUGUGUAAAUUUGUUGUGUAUAUUUUGAAUAAUUUAAUUUGUUAAAUGAUAUUAACAUGUUUAAAGUAAAGAUAACUUUUAUUUUUAUUUGUCAAGAAUGUUUGUUUAUUCUUUUAUUGUAGUUUUUGAGUAUUUGCGAAUUCCUUGUUACCUUGUAAAUUCUUUGAUGUUAUUACUGUACCAUUUUAUAUCUUCCUGUAUUGUAAAUAGUGAUGCUGCUAACACAAAAAAAUAACAUUUAUUUAUUUACUGUUUUUGGUACAUGGCAGUAUUGUUAUUAAGACUGUGCAUAUGUAAAUAAAGAUAUAGAAGAUAUUAAA